AUGGCUGAUGUGUUUGGUAGAUUGCAGAGACCAAGCUCAAGAAGUCAACAGGGUGCUGCGGCAACACCAUGGGAUGAUGAAGCUCAACGUGUUGAUCACGAUGUUGUUGUAGUGGGUGAUGCGGAUCCGUUGACAGAUACACAUUGCGCUCAAGGGUCAGCUUCUAGACUGCGUUCUCGACCCCAGUCAAUGCAACGUUCAAGCCAGGAUUUUUGGACGGAGAACAGAGGCUUCCGGCUUUCUGAUAUUCUCAACCGACAGAUCACAAGAGGAGACUUCUCCUUGCAGAAUGUGCUAAGUACUGAACACGGACAUGCCUCAGAAGAAUGCACACAGGGCACCUCAGAUACUGAUCCGAUCAGCAAAGGCGUAGUCAACCUUCAUUUUGCUACCGAUCUAUUUGAAGGAUUCAUGAAGCACCUCAACCCCUUCAUCAGCCAAUUGGAUCCUACGCUACAUACCUUCCAGUACGUCCGAGGGAUGUCGUCGUUCCUAUUCACCGCCCUCUUGGCGGCAGCGGCAAAGCUUUUGCAUCCUGCGCUACGUAAAACUUUGCUUGCCCAUGCUGAAGAGCUUUUCCUAGAGAGCUUCCGCAGUGGUGCGAAAUCAGUUGAGACAGUUCAGGCCAUACUGAUCCUAACAUAUUGGAAAGAGCCCCGCGAUAACCGUGCAUGGUUAAACGUAGGCCAUGCUAUCAGGAUGGCCAUCGAGCUUGGUUGGCAUCAUCUUGGGGGUGAUGGAAUGAGACCCCCGGAGAACAUGUCUGAUCAGCAGGCGAAGCAAUUCAGAAACAUAGAAAGAACCUGGCUAGUGCUAUUUGUCUAUGACCGAAGCAUCAGCUUGCAGACCAGCAAGCCUUGGAUGAUUGAAAGGAGCAACUAUCUAGAAUCAGUUAGUAACUGGUACCUACAUCCUCUUGAAAUGGCCAACGAUCGGCUACUUUGCGCAUUCGUAUCCCUUCGCCUCAUCACCUCCACCCACUUCGAGAUGAUGACGACACAAUAUGCUCAACAUCAACGACCCGAAACGUCGCACUAUCGGUCUACGUUGCGUAUGGCUGAUGGGGAGAUUUCCUUCUUGAUCCCGUUCUAUGGCAGCUACGCACGGCUACUCUUAUACACUUCAUCACUGCGCACAUCGACCAAACUGAAGCACAGCGUGACUUCAGUCGAUACAGAGGCAAUUUGGAACAGCUACUCAAGCGCGCUUGACAUGCUCAAGCUCGUUCCUGAAACCUCGGCAUCUCAACUGUUAUACUUCGCCCAGGACAGUGUGCAUGUGAUGGUCGCCUACGCAGCGGUAUUCCUAAUCAAGCUAUUACUUUCGGCACCAACAUAUAUCCGGACCGAAAUGGAAAUGCCAGCCUUGAACAGCAUUCGCAAUGCGGCGACAGUAUUCGAAAAACUUCAAGCGCCAUCCAACACGAGCUGCGCAUUGCAAGCAGCGUUCUUGCGCAAUGUUUCUAUCCAGCACGAAGCAAUGCAGGAGCGUCGUACAUCUUCGCUUUCGUACAUGCCGGCCGCGCCCGCUGCAGCCGUGGACCCUGCGACCCAUCAGCAAAGACCUGAUAUUUCUCCAGCGUACACUGAUCAGGCCACCUUCGAUACUACGUCGGAAGAUGCAUCCACGUUCAAUAUUGACUUUGUAGACGACGAAGCCUGGGCCUUUUUGUUUGCCAACGCUGGGUUUAACAUUGGCCAGGGUGCAUUUUUGUAACCAAACUGAACGCCACUGAAGACAUCACACGUUUAGUAAUAU